GGGUGUGAACACUUUUUCGCCAGAGGGGAGGCUGUUCCAAGUGGAGUAUGCCAUCGAGGCCAUAAAGCUUGGUUCCACGGCCAUCGGGAUCCAGACCUCAGAGGGUGUCUGCCUGGCCGUGGAGAAGAGGAUCACUUCCCCGCUCAUGGAGCCCAGCAGCAUCGAGAAGAUCGUCGAAAUCGAUUCUCACAUAGGGUGUGCCAUGAGCGGCUUAAUAGCUGAUGCAAAGACUUUAAUCGAUAAAGCGAGAGUGGAGACUCAG